AGCUCAAAUGCAGCCAUCAACUUCAUCACCAUCAUCCUCAUCAAUGGGCAGUAGAAUGCGUGACAGUGGAGGAUUGGCAAGAAGAACCGUUCGAAGCGAUCCGCCGACGUACUCCUCGAUUUUGGAAUACAACGUCGAGGAAGAAGUUUCAGAAGCGGAAUCAGAGGAGAGCUACGAAAAGCCGCCAGAGCACGUCCCGGCCAGGUUUGUGCCAACUCAACGAAGCGACGAUGGUGGAUAUCCAGCACAUCACCACCACGAAGCAUUCAACAGAACGGUGUCAGCUGUGUCAUUGCCAGUAGGCAAGCAACUUAAGGAUAUGUCCGAGAAGACUCAGUACGAGCGAGCUAUUCUUCAGCUUAAUAAUGAUCCGGUUGUUCAUAAAGAGGUAGCAUUGGGUCGACGGAUAGGUUUCUAUCGGCUUGGCAAGGAGCUGGGCGCCGGGAAUUUCUCCAAAGUUAAGCUGGGAGUACAUCAGUUGACUAAAGAAAAAGUAGCGGUCAAAAUAAUGGACAAGGCGAAAAUGGACGCCAAAGCCCAAAAGCUUCUGAGUCGAGAAAUUCAGGCAAUGGAGGAGAUGAACCAUCCGAACAUUGUAAAACUAUUCGAGGUUGUCGAGACCCUCACACGUGUCCAUUUGGUCAUCGAGUAUGCCAGUGGAGGAGAGCUCUACACAUAUGUCCACGAGAGGGGGAAGCUUACCGAAGGAGAUGCAAAACCCUUGUUCGCGCAGAUUGUAUCAGCGGUGUCACAUAUGCACAGUCGCAACAUUGUUCAUCGAGACAUCAAAGCCGAGAACGUGAUGUUUAGCAGUCCAAAUACAGUGAAACUAGUGGAUUUUGGCUUUUCAUGUCUUGUGGAUCGAGAGCAAAUGCUUCGUACCUUUUGUGGAAGUCCGCCAUACGCAGCUCCAGAGCUAUUUCAAGAUACAUCCUACGCCGGGGAGCUCGUCGACGUAUGGGCUCUGGGGGUACUCCUCUUCUUCAUGCUGAUCGGCGUGACGCCCUUCAAGGCAGAAACCGUCCCCGAUAUGAAAGUGCUCAUCACAGCUGGAAAAUAUCAAAUUCCCGAUUAUGUCAGUCUGCUGGCCACUGAACUCAUCAAAAGCAUGCUGAAAACCGAUACUGGGCAGAGAGCUGAUAUCGAUUCUGUGAAGAAGCAUUUUUGGAUGAGGGACUGCCGAUUUACCAAAAGUUAUUUGUCGAUUAAGGCGACUGCGAAAAUUGAUAACGAAGAGGAAAAGAAGGCGAUUGAUGAUAAGGUCUGGAAAAUCCUGAAUAACUAUGGAAUUGUCAAAGAAAUGAUUGUGGAGGAGAACCUGGACAAAGGACCACGUGACGCAGUCGUCGGAACCUAUCGAAUAGUUCAAUUUCAAGUACAGAGCGAGAUCACUAGGCUAGCAAAAGAGAAAGAUGAGCCUCAACCGAGCUCUUCCUCCUUCACAAAUGGCUCGCCAACCUCAGUGAAGGAUGUGAACCGGAAGCUGAAAAACCGCAGCAAGACUUGUGCCAUUUUAUAG